AUGGCCUCGUCAUCGAGAGCCAUGGCUGCCGUUGCCAGACCUGGUCUCCAGCUCGCCGGCUCCAACGCUCGCAUCGUUGCCAGGACCUUUUCCGCCGCUGCGCGCGCUUCCUCAAUUUCCUCGCGAUGCGCCACCCGUCCCUCGCCCUCCAUGAGACUCGCCGUCACCGGCCGCAUCGCCUUUCGCAGACCCUACUCCGAUGAGGCCCCCAAGCCCAGGCCUGGCAAGCUGCGCACAACCUUUCGCUGGAUCUGGCGCCUCACCUACCUCUCCAUCCUCGGAACCCUCGGCUAUACUGCCUAUGUCAUCUACGACGACCGCAAUCCCGGCGAGCAGUUUGUCCCCGAUCCCUCCAAGAAGACCCUCGUUAUCCUAGGCACCGGCUGGGGUUCCGUCGCCCUUCUCAAGAACCUCGACACCGAAAAUUACAAUGUUGUUGUCGUCUCUCCCCGCAAUUACUUCCUCUUCACCCCUCUACUGCCUUCGUGCACUACCGGCCUCAUUGAGCACCGCUCCAUCAUGGAGCCUGUUCGCGCCAUUCUGCGCCAUAAAAAGGGUGCCGCCAACUUUUACGAAGCCGAGGCCACCAACGUCGACACGGAACGCAAAACCAUCACCGUCGUUGACAAGUCCGAGGUCCAGGGCGCGACCAACACCACCGAGAUCCCCUACGAUAUGCUCGUCGUCGGCGUUGGCGCCGAAAACGCCACUUUCGGUAUCCCCGGCGUCAGAGAGCACAGCUGCUUCCUCAAGGAAAUUGGCGAUGCUCAGCGCAUUCGCAAGAAGAUCAUGGACUGCGUCGAGACCGCCGCUCUCCGCGGCCAGUCCGAAGAAGAGAUGAAACGCCUCAUGCACAUGGUCGUCGUCGGUGGCGGCCCUACCGGUGUCGAGUUUGCCGGUGAGCUGCAAGAUUUCUUCGAAGAGGACAUCAAGAAGCUGGUCCCAGGCAUCAGCCCUCGCUUCAAGGUCACCCUGAUCGAGGCGCUGCCCAACGUUUUGCCCUCCUUCUCCAAGCAGCUCAUUGACUACACUGAAAACACCUUGCGCGAGGAAAAGAUUGACAUCAUGACCAAGACCAUGGUCAAAAACGUCACCGAAAACACCGUCGAGGCUGAAAUCAGCAAGCCCGACGGCACCAAGGAGCUCGUCAAGAUUCCCUACGGCCUCCUCGUCUGGGCUACCGGUAACGCUGUGCGCCCCGUUGUCAAGGACAUGAUGGCUCGCAUCCCCGCCCAAAAGGACUCGCGCCGCGGUCUCGCCGUCAAUGAGUACCUCGUCGUCCAGGGUGCCCGUGACGUCUGGGCCGUUGGCGACUGCGCUGUCGCCGGCUACGCCCCCACCGCCCAGGUCGCCUCCCAGGAGGGCAGCUUCCUCGCCCGUCUCUUCAACAACAUGGCCAAGACGGAGAGCCUCGAGGCCCGCAUCCACGACCUCAGCAGCAAGAUGAACCUCAAGGCUGGCAACGCGGCCGACGACGCUCACCAGAUUGAGCUCCUCGAGAAGCAGCUCCGCCGCAUCAAGGACGUCAAGCCCUUUCGCUACUCUCACCAGGGCAGCCUGGCCUACAUUGGCAGCGAAAAGGCCGUCGCCGACGUCAGCUGGUGGAACGGCAACCUCGCCACUGGUGGUAGCUUGACCUAUCUCUUCUGGAGAAGUGCCUACCUCUCCAUGUGCUUUAGCACUCGCAACCGUGUUCUGGUUAUCCUCGACUGGCUCAAGUCCAAGGCCUUUGGUCGCGAUAUUUCUCGAGAAUAA